GUACAUGUGAUGAAGCAAACGGGCUGCGAGGAAAGAGUUAAGCUCUUUUAUAAUCGUAUUACUGUUCGAAGCGGUUACACUUUAAACGAUUUUGACAUGUCACGUGGUCGGGGGUGCAGGUUACCCGGAUGAGGUAUAUUGAAUUUGAUCGAAGUGGAUGAUCUGGUCUUGCAGCGGAACAUGGAUUUCAUGACAGACAGAGACGUGCAAAAGUACAAGGAGGACGGCUUUGUCGUCCUGGACGGGCUGCUCUCCUCUCAGGAGUGUGAUGAACUGAAGCAGAGGAUGAACGAGAUCGUGGACCAGAUGGACGUCCCCGAACACUGCCGCACCACCUUCACCACCUACCACGACGAGCAGCUGAAAACACAGAUGCAGGGAAGUGCAGAUUACUUCAUCACAAGUGGAGACAAGAUCCGAUUUUUCUUUGAGAAGGGUGUUUUUAAUGACCAAGGGGAAUUCAAAGUACCAAAACAUCUAUCACUAAAUAAAGUUGGACAUGCACUGCAUGCAUAUGAGCCUUUAUACAAAAAAGUUACACAUUCAGCCAAAGUCCAGGGAAUUGCCCAGAAGCUGGGUCUGGUGAACCCUGUGAUCCUGCAGAGCAUGUAUAUUUUUAAGCAACCAGGAAUCGGUGGAGAAGUGACGGCGCACCAGGAUGCGACCUUCCUGCACACGGAGCCUCUCGGCAGAGUGAUGGGACUGUGGAUCGCUCUGGAGGACGCCACCGUGAACAACGGCUGUCUGUGGUUUAUCCCAGGAUCACACAAGAGUGGCAUUUCCCGUCGAAUGGUUCGCACCCCCAAAGGCACCUUCCCACUGACGGAUUUCAUUGGACGAGAGCAGGCGUAUGACGAAGAGAAAUUCGUGGCUGCACCUGUUAAAAAAGGCGGCGUGGUUCUGAUCCACGGGGAGGUGGUGCAUCGGAGUGCGGAAAACACUUCAGAAGAAUCCCGCCACGUCUACACUUUUCACAUGAUGGAGGCUCUGGACACCUGCUGGAGCCCUGACAACUGGUUGCAGCCCACAGAGGAGCUUCCUUUUCCGCCUCUUUUCACUAAAUGAAGGAUGAGACGUGGCAUCGAGACGCCUUUGUUUUAACAGACCAACAUCUAUGAAGAGAUUUUAUCUAAAACUUUUAAUUCUGCAAAAUUUUCUUAAUUGUGGUGCUUACUAAAAUUUUCAAAACUUUUGAAAGAAAAUGUAAUUAAGUUUUUGUCACAAAAUGAGGAUGUAAAAGCCAUUGAAAUGCUCCGAUUUAUGGUUUUUAUAGAUAAAAUACAUAGAAUGUAAA